AUGUCCAGGAAUGUACAACAUAAUACUAAGCAAAUCAAUAAUGCUUUAAAUGCUAUUCAUCAUAAAAAAUCAUCAAUUCCAAUUUCAAAAAAUACGAGCCAGUCUACUCAUCAAUCAUCAAAGAGAGAUUUAACAAUUUAUAUAGACGAAGGCGGUAAUAAAUUUUCGACUAUUGACAGAGCUAUUAAAACAAUUGACCCACCCGCAACUUUUAAACCAAAAGAUGAACAAGUUUUUUUACCAAAUGGGUUACCUAAUCAUGAAUUUAUUAAACAACAUUUUAUUAAAGAAGGUAGAUUACAAGAACAUCAAGCAAUUAAAAUCAUAAGAGAUGCAACAAAAUUGUUAUCUAAAGAACCAAAUUUAUUAAGUGUACCGGCACCAGUUACAAUUUGUGGAGAUAUUCAUGGACAAUAUUAUGAUUUAAUGAAAUUAUUUGAAGUUGGUGGUGAUCCGAAAAGUACAACUUAUUUAUUUUUAGGUGAUUAUGUCGAUAGAGGUUCUUUUUCAAUCGAAUGUUUAAUAUAUUUAUAUUCAUUAAAAUUGACUUAUCCAAAUUCAUUUUGGAUGUUAAGAGGUAAUCAUGAAUGUCGUCAUUUAACGGAAUAUUUUACUUAUAAAAAUGAGUGUUUACAUAAAUAUUCUCAAGAUUUAUAUGAAGAAAGUUUACUUUCCUUUAAUGCUUUACCUUUGGCUGCUAUAAUGAAUGAACAAUUUUUUUGUGUUCAUGGUGGCUUAUCUCCACAAUUGACUGAUUUGGAGAGUAUAAGAAGGUUGAAUAGAUUCAAAGAACCACCUACAAAAGGUUUAAUGUGUGACUUAUUAUGGGCUGAUCCAAUUGAAGAAUAUGAUGAUGACAAUGUAGAUCACGAAUUUUUAACUAAUAAUGUUAGAGGUUGUAGUUAUGCAUUUACAUAUAAAGCUGCAUGUAAAUUUUUAGAUAAAACUAAAUUAUUAUCAGUAAUAAGAGCUCAUGAAGCUCAAAAUGCUGGUUAUAGGAUGUACAAAAGAACAAAGACAAUGGGUUUUCCAAGCUUAUUGACAAUGUUUUCAGCUCCAAACUACUUGGAUUCUUAUAAUAAUAAAGCUGCUGUUUUAAAAUAUGAACAUAAUGUUAUGAAUAUUAGACAAUUUAAUUCAACUCCUCAUCCUUAUUGGUUACCACAUUUUAUGGAUGUUUUUACUUGGUCAUUACCAUUUGUUGGUGAAAAAGUUACUGAUAUGUUGGUUUCUAUUUUAAAUGUUUGUACUGAAGAAGAAUUGGAUGAAGAUUUACCAUUUAGUGAAUCACAAAUAAAUAUAGAAAAAAGAGGUUCAACUCCAACUUCACCUAGAUUUUCACCAAAAUCUCAACCACCAUCAUCAAUACAUAACAAAUUUGUAGCAGAAGAUGAAGUUAUUGACGAACUGGAAGAAAGUUUAGAAGAAAAGAAAUUGGCAUUAAGAAAUAAAAUAAUUGCAAUUGGUAAAAUGUCAAGAAUGUUUCAAGUUUUAAGACAAGAACAAGAAUCUGUUGCUCAUUUAAAACAAUUAAAUCAUGGUCAAUUACCAAAAGGUUCAUUAUUACAUGGUAAAGAUUCAUUACAAACAACAAUAAAUUCAUUUGAAGAAGCAAAAGAAGCUGAUCGUAUAAAUGAAGCAUUACCUCCAUCAUAUGAAGAAAUAAAAAAAUUAGAACAUGAGAGAAAUGAACGUAUUAAAAAACAAAUUGAUGAUGAUGAACAUUCAAGUCCUGUAUUUCAAAGGUUAAUUCGAAAAUUAUCACAUAGUUAAUAGUUAAUGAAAUAGUUUAUAGUAUAUUUAUUUUGGUAACCACUUUCGCUCUAAUUCUGUAUAUUUAUUUUGAUAACCACUUUCGCUCUAAUUUUCGCAUCAGAAAAUUUACGAACCGUUUGUGUUACACGUUUAUUUAGACGUAGUAAAUUUAUUAACUAUGAGUCCAAAACCAGUAGUUAUACAAGAACAACCAAAUGUAGAAAAUACAAUACCUUCAACAAUAUAUCAAUCUUCAUCACCUGAGAAAUUUUCAAUUACAGAAUUUGAUGAUAAAUAUGUAAUUUAUGGCGGUGGCUCAAAUUAUAAAUUAAAUUUACAACAACAAUAUAAUCAAUCAAAUGAAAUUCCAAAGAUACAAAAUACAAGUAUAUCUUUAUUUGUGCUAAAUACAAAUCUCAUAAUAUGGUUCAAUGAGGAAUCAAGAGGAUUAGAGCUACCUUAUAAUUAUAUUUUGUUAAGUGGUAUAAAUGAUGAUAAAUUAAUUAUACAAAUAUUAAAUAAUGAGGUAAUCUUUAGUGAUGCUUAUGAUAUAACGUUGAUAAUAGAGCAAGGUAUAGAUGGCGUUAUGAAUGACAAUUCAUUAAUCUCGACCAAUGAUAAUUUAUUACAAAUUUAUAAAUCUUUGAACAAAUGUUCGUCAUUUUAUUUAGAUUCAGAGGACGAUGAUGAAGAUGAAAAGUUUGAAGGUAUACAAAUGGAACCAAUGUUGGCACUCCCAUCUAUAGAGGAUAAAAUGUUUAGAAAUCAAGGCAAUGCAGAUGAUCUAGAAGAUGAAGAUCACGAAGUAAUAGGUGAAGCAGGAAUGGAUGUUGAUAUAGGUUAUGCUUCCAUAUUAGGAAUUAAAAGAAAUGAUUAUAAUAAUGAUGAAAUUAAUAGAAAACGACAUAGAAUUCAAUGA